CGCUGAUGGGAACGGCUCCGCCGCGAGGGGGCUCCACGCGCAGCUCCUGGCCCUGCGGGGGGAGGGGGCCUCCCUGCGGCGCGAGCCCGUCCCCGUCCCCGCCCCCGCGCCGUGGGGGCACGAGGCUGCGGGCGCGCGGCUGCCACACGGCGGCUGGGGGGGGGUUAAGCUGUCAUGGGUCAGACUAGCAGCGUCUCCCGUCCCCACGACUUCUACUUUUAGACCACGUCGCUGGGCAGAGUCGUUACUGAGUUCCUGUUCCAAGCCUCCUUCCCGCGCAGGGUUCAGAGAUGGACUCAGAAGAAAGGACAACCAACAGAAGUGAACAAAAAUCAAGGAAGAUCUUAAGAAGUCUAAUAAGGAAGCAGCCUUGGGACCUUCUUUUGGUAAUUGGAACCGGAGUGAGUGCCGCUGUAGCACCAGAAAUACCAGCACUGUGCUCAUGGAGGAGCUGUAUUGAAGCUGUCAUUGAAGCAGCUGAACAGCUGGAGGUGCUUCAUCCAGGAGAUGUUGCUGAAUUCCGCAAAAAAGUGAUCAAAGACAGAGACUUGCUUGUAGUUGCACAUGAUCUCAUAAGAAAGAUGUCCCCACGCACAGGUGAUACCAAGCCCAACUUUUUCCAGGAUUGCUUAAUGGAAGUGUUUGAUAACUUGGAACAACAUAUUCAGAAUCCUGUUGUUCUACAGUCAAUCCUCAGGCUAAUGGAGAGAGGCACUAUGGUCCUUACAACAAACUAUGACAAUUUACUUGAGAUUUUUGGUCAGCAACAGGGCAAACCCAUGGAGUCUUUAGACCUGAAAGAUAAGGAUAAGGUUCUUCAGUGGGCAAGAGGUCAUAUAAAGUAUGGAGUUCUUCAUAUUCAUGGUUUGUAUACAGAUCCCUGUGGAAUGGUGUUGGAUCCUUCAGGAUAUAAAGAUGUUACUCAAGACCCUGAAGUAAUGGAGGUUCUGCAGAACUUGUAUCUGACCAAAUCCUUCUUGUUUGUGGGCUGUGGAGAGACUCUGCGUGAUCAAAUAUUCCAGGCUCUUUUUCUGUAUACUGUAAAGAAUAAAGUAGAUUUAGAACAUUAUAUGUUGGUGCUUAAAGAAAAUGAAGACCACUUUUUUAAACUCCAGGCAGAUAUGCUUCUGCAUGGAAUAAAAGUUUUAUCCUAUGGUGAUUGCUUUGAAUAUUUCCCGGAAUAUGUCCAAGAUCUAACUGCUCAAAUCUGCAAGCAGAGGAGUCCAGAUGCCAAUCGAGUGGAUAGUACAACACUGUUGGGGACUUCAUGUGUGGACUGUGCAAAGAGAAAGUUAGGAGAAAAUGACUUGGAUCUUUCUAAGAGGGCGAAACAAUCAGAUAAUGUUGAUACCUCUGCUGGUGACCUGGGAUUGUAAAGAAGUUUGAAACCCAAGUGCAGGGCAACUGCACAGGACCGCCAGAGGGGGAAGCAGAGAGCUGGGCUCUCACUAUUCCAGAGUUUCUGUGACUCUCUCUACCUGGCAUUGACUGUAACAAGCCUGCUUCCUGGCAAGAACAACUUGGAAUGGCAUUAAGAGUUUACCUUCACAUACCAUAGUAACCUGCUGCUCUUAGCAAUUUUUUCUCUCCCAAAGUGAAUUAUUCUCACUAUCACUAGUCCCAGUCAAGAGCAGGAUGUAACGGGGGGUAGAAAGUGAGCUAAAAGCUGUUAGAAACUAACAUUGUGACUGUACCCCAAGAUUAAAGUAAAAGUUUUAAAAAUAGACAAGGAUUCAUUUCCACAGCACCACAAAAAGGCAGUGUUAAGUGUACCUAAACUAAACAUUAGAGAAGGCUGGGGUUCAAACACAAAAGGGAAACUGGCACAGCCUAUAAAAAGAGACAUUUUAAGUAGAAAUUAAGGUUAAAAUUCAUUUAUUUUUAAGACCUGCAAACAAGGGUAGCACAUUGUGUGUCUGUCGUCAUUCGGACAACUUGCUUGCAUAUUUUAUUUUUUUUCCACCCACCCCCUUUCAUCUACUUUCUUAUUCCUGGUUCCUCUUCCAAGCUGCUCUAUAUGGGUGUUGCAACAGUGGGGGUUCGUUGCCCGGUGUGCGCCGCACUAAUUAACACACCUGGGUGGAGAAGCAAACCAGGUUUAUUUGAGCCCAAAAAGGUGC